AACCUUCCACUCAACAAAAUUUGAUUCAAAACCACAACUUCAUCAACAAACUAAACCCAUUAAAUUCAAAAAUCUGUGAAAGACCUGGAUUAAAAAAGGUCCGAUUCAACAAAUUAUUUCCACUUUGCAUUGAAGCCUGUGAGUAGAUGAGUUCGUAUGCCUUAAUCUAACCAGAAAAGCAGAAGCGGAGAAGGUGCAGGUAAAUGUCAUACAGCCUAUUCUGUUACAUUCAAAAAUUGCCUUAUACUUCAGUGUCAAAUGCCAAGAUGUUUAAAACAUUACGGUAGACAAAUUUUCAAGGAACCGUGGUUUCCAUCCUCGAGAUUGAAAUUUCAGAAGUUCUGCAUUGACAAUGAAAGAACUCUAUCUUGUAUCACUGGAGGGGUGUUUGAGGUGGAUUCCGUUCAAAAGUCCGCAUUUUAUGUUCAUCUUUUGCACGAAUGUGUUAAAACGAAAGCUCUGGAAGAUGGUAGGUCCGUUCACGCUGACAUAAUCAGAUCAGGAAUGGAACCAGACGUUUUCUUAUUCAACAAUCUUAUUAACAUGUACAUUAAAUGUGGGAAUUUAGAGGCUGCACGCCAAGUGUUUGACAAAAUGACUGGUAGAGAUAGUGUUUCCUGGAACGCAAUUAUUUCUGGACAUGCUCAGCACAGAAAUGGGGAAGGGAGUUUUAAGCUUUUCACUCGGAUGCGUCGAGAACGAAUAAAUCCAACGAAUUUUACUUUUGCUAGUCUUAUCAAUGCCUGCAAACAAAUGGAUGCUCUGGAUCAGGCCUUGCAGGUCAAUGCCUACGUUGUGAAAAUUGGAUUUGAGUCUGAUAUUUUCGUGGGAAGUGCUUUUGUUGACAUAUAUGCUAAAUUAGGUAGCAUGGAUUAUGCGCGCAAGAUGUUUGACCAAAUGCCUGAACGAAAUGUGGUUUCAUGGAAUGCAAUGAUUGCAGGUUGUGCUCAGCAUGAGGAUAUUGAAGAUGCUAUGGACUUGUUUUGGGAAUUCCUGUGGACAGGUAUGGUACCUACAGAGUUCACAUGGGCCACCGUCCUCAAUGCUUGCUCAAGAGCAAAAGCUCUCGCACCGGGAAAGCAGGCGCAUUCUCUCAUUCUAAAACAUGGCAUUGGAGAAAAUAUCUUUGUCGGAAAUGCUCUUGUUGACAUGUAUGGUAAAUGUAAAAAGGUUGAAGAUGCCCGCUUUAGUUUUGAUAAAAUGCCUAAAAUAGAUGUUGUAUCAUGGAAUUCAAUGAUUGCAGGAUAUGCUCAGAAUGAAUGUGAGGUAGAAGCUCUUGAGCUUUAUAGACAAAUGUCACAGACAGGAGUGGGACAUAAUCAAACAACCAUGGCCAGUAUUCUAAAGGUAUGUACCAAUAUAAGAGGUCUGGAACAGGGGCGGCAAGUGCAUGCCGAGGCUAUCAAAAGGGGGUUUGGUUUAGAUAGUUUUGUGGGUAGUGCCCUUAUUGACAUGUAUGCAAAAUGCGAGAACAUAUUUGAUGCACGUAAAUUGUUUGAUAAGACUUCUAAACAGAAUGUGGUUUUGUGGAAUGCAAUGAUCGCAGGAUAUACCGAAGGUGAGGAUAUUGAAAAACACUGUGAGGAUGCUCUGAUUCUCUUCUGCCAAAUGCGAAUUGCAGGAAUGAGAUCAAAUGAGUUUACAUUUGCUAGUGUUCUCAGGGCAUGUACUGCCCUGCAAACUACAGAAUGGGUAGAAGAUGCAUUUGAAGUGUUCAAAAGAAUGUGCAACCAAGAUGUUGUUUCGGGUAAUGCUAUGAUCGCAGGAUAUGCUCAGCAUGGGCAAUGUGAGCAGGCUUUGAAACUCUUCUGCCAAAUGCAACAUCGAGAUCUGGUUUCCUGGAAUUCUAUGAUUGCAAUGCAUGCACAAAAUAGGCACAAUGAGGAAGCCUUGAAACUAUUUCACAGCAUGCUGCAGGAUGCGAUAAAGCCUGAUGAGUUUACCUUGGUUAGCAUUGUUAGUGCUUGUGCUAAUCUAGCGUCUUUAGAGCAGAGCAAGGGGGUGCAUGCCCAUGUAAUUAAAUAUAGAUUGCAGUCAGAUGUUUUUGUUGCAAAUGUUGUUGUCGAUAUGUAUGCCAAAUGUGGAAGCAUAGAAGACUCAAUCAAAGUAUUUGACAAACUGUCAUCACGCAAUGUGGUCUCAUGGACUACAAUGAUUUCGGCAUAUGCUCAUUAUGGACUUGGCAAGGAAGCCCUUCUUAUAUUUGAACAAAUGCAACAAAGAGGAAUAAAACCUGACCAUGUGACCUUUGUUGGUGUUCUUUCUGCAUGUAGCCAUGCAGGCCUGGUGGAUGAGGGUCGACAUUACUUUGAUUCAAUGAGUCGAGAUCACAAUAUCAUGCCAAUAAGUGAUCACUAUAACUGUAUGGUAGAUCUUCUUAGCCGUGCUGGCUACCUAGAUGAGGCUGAAAACCUUAUCCAUAGAAUGACAAUUACACCCACUGCUUUGGUAUGGCGCACAUUGCUUGGGGCUUGUAGGAUUCAUGGAAAUAUACAGCUAGGUAAAAGGGCAGCCGAGUAUGUACUUGAAUUUGAACCAGAAGAUUCUGCAGCAUAUGUUCUAUUAGCAAAUAUACAUGCUGAAUCUGGUGGAUGGGAUGAUGUAGCCAAGGUGAGAAAACUGAUGAAAGAUAGAGGAGUUCGAAAGAACCCUGGACAGAGCUGGAUUGAAUCCAAGGGUAGCGUGCAUGUGUUUACCAUGGGGGACAGGUUACAUCCACAAACAAAGGAAAUCUACGCAAAGUUGGAGAGUUUGACAGUCCAAAUGCAGGAAGCAGGGUAUGUGUUACAUACGAACUCUCUGCUACGGAAUACAGAGCAUGAGCAUAGAGAUUACUUUUGUCAUCAUAGUGAAAAGCUCGCCAUUGCUUUUGGCUUGAUCAACACCCCCCAUGGAUCAUAUAUCAGAGUCAUCAAGAAUCUUCGAGUUUGUAAUGACUGCCACACUUUCAUCAAGUUCAUCUCCAAGAUGGUUGGGCGACAAAUUAUUGUGAGGGAUACCAACCGUUUCCACCACUUUAAGGAUGGACUGUGUUUGUGUGGUGACUAUUGGUGAUACAAAAUAAAUUAAUGGCAAACAAAUCUUAGAACUACCCUUGACCUGGCAUGCAAUGACUAGGUUUUUGUUAUUUAAGACAUUAUCUUGUAAAAGAACUAUAAUAACCACUAAAAAAUAGCUACUAAUAAAUAUUUCCUUAAUAUAAAGAAAGUAU